CCCCAAGCCUGCUCUCACCCAGCAACCCGCCCAAUGUCUCUCCGGUAGCCCCGAAGUCACCUAGAUAUCUGGCAAAUAUCUAGGCAAUAACAUGUCUUACACCCAGCGCGAGACUCCGGUCCUUGCGGAGCUCUGCACCUUUCUCGUCGAGGAUGUCUACGGCGAGCUUGCAGCGCGCGUCUACUCGGUGCUUGCACGCCAUGGACGGCAGACUCUCGCAGCGGUCGCUCGCGCUUCCUACUUGAACGGUCGGCAGAUCAAGUAUGGUCUCGUCAUUUUGCUUCAGCAGCACCUCGUCUUCCACUCCGGCAAUGAUUCGCAACCCACGUACUAUGAGAUCGACUGGCUGAACUCGUACGCUCUCGUCCGUCUCGGCAAGGUCACCAAACUGGUCGAGGAUCGAUUUGGCAGGAAGGCCGCCAAUGUCAUGACCAACCUGUUACGACUAGGGCACACGCGCAUCGCAGACCUGAAGGAAGCUUAUUUCCCUACCGAAACCGACAGCGACGAUGACUCAGACGACGGCACUGUGAACGGCGCCGGCAUGAAGAGGAAAAGAGGCGGUGGCAACGAGCCCAAUGGGUCCGCAAAGACGAAUGGCGUAGUCAACGGCGACGAUGUCAAGCCUGUGGUAAGCGGCGAUCAUGCCCACAGCGGUACGAUGAACGGUGGACCCGUCGAGCAGUCUGAGCAAGAGCACGCAGAGGAGGAUGAUGGCGAAAUUGCGUCGGUCGACGAGCUUUACGAGAUCAUUGAGCGACUCAUUCAGCGCGGUUGGGUGCGAACCAUGACAGAGUCCCAGUAUCUGUCACCAGGAGAUAUGCACGAUAUGCUUCAGCAGGAGACCAUCGACCAGGAUCUUGGUGGUCAGCAGCCGACCGGUACGAAAGACAAGGCCGUCUGCCACAAGAACACACUCGAGCGCAAACGCAACAUGCGCGACAAGUGGUUAAAUGUUCCAAGGUUCUCGCGACGAGGGAAGCCAGACCAAGACUACAGCAACCCGACUAAGCGUGUAAAGAUCAAUGGUGCGAACGGAUACUCGAGUGCGGGCGCUGCGUCUCCAGAGGAUAAGCUUGUCAUUCGGGUGAACCCUGAGAAGAUUGCCGUUGCUAUGCGCACAGAACAGCUAGUGCAGCUGGUUGAACAGCGCUUAGGGCAUGUCACUGCUCACAUCUACCAGACCAUGCUUCGUAUGCUUGAGGCAAACACCGCUCGAUGCUACGAAGAAUACCCAGAGCCACCAACAGCCGGCGACGAAGGUGGAGACAACCAGAUCGAUCCCAAGAACCUCGUCACGGCGCGCGAUGUCGCAAAGAAAAUCAGUCGUGAUCUCGAUAUCUGCGAGGGCCUAGAUCCCAAUGCAAUCGUCCAGAUUACUAGGAAAGGCCAUGUUCGCAGCGCCAAUAUACUCAGUCAGCCUACCGAUCCAUCCACCCUCAGCAUGGACGAGAAGACAAGGAUCAUCGACAAGCAUAUCCAGCUGCUGUCCGAGGAUCCUACACAUUUCGUCACAUGGCAUUCUCGUGCAGGCUUCUCGCAAUGGCAUAUCGAGUUCGAAGAGAUUGCGAAGCAGCUCAUCCAGACCGAGAUUGAGAACACCAUUUCCGCAAGGAAGGGUACACUCGGUGUCAAACUGAUCCGUGCUCUGAGGAAGAAGGGCAAGCUCGACGAGCGCGCAACCUGCAACGCCAUGAUGAUGUCUGCAAACGACCUCCGUGGCAUCGUUAAUGACUUGACCGUGCAGGGCUUGGUUCAGACUCAGGAGGUCCCAAAGGUUGAAAGGCGAGAAGCAAAACACUCUUUACAUCUUAUCUGGUACGAUCGACAACGUGCACGAGAGAAGCUCCUGCACGACACAUACAAAGGCAUGGUGCGCAUACUCCAGCGCAUCCAAUUCGAGCGAGAGAAAGUCCAGCCCCUCCUCAGCAAAGCCGAGCGCUCAGACGUCGUCGGCAACGAAGAGAAGUGGCUCAGCAAAGGCGAGUUGGACGCCUUACGAAAGUGGAAGGAGGUGCAAGAGAAGCUGUCGUUACAGCUUUUCAGAGAGGACGAUCUAGUCGCUACCCUACGCGACUUCCAUGGCCCGUUGGUCUCAGUGUAACGAUAGCAUGAUUGGCUUGGGCUUUGGCCCACUUUUGGCGUUCUCUCAGGCGGCGGCACUGCGUCUGGCUAUCUGGCAGACGAUCUAAAAGCAUCUGGUAUGAUUGAUACCCCCGAGCAUUUGGGACGGAGUUCGAUUUGAUGAAAUAGCAUUCUUAGAGAGCGCAAUGUAUGUGU